AUAUUUCUUACUGUUUUUGAAGCCAGAAGGAUCGCGAGAUUUCGUGUCUCUGCUUCAUGCAAAUCGAAUUGCAGAAUCAACUUUGGCAAAAUUGUUAAAAGACGAUUGUGAAUGCCACAUUUAAAUUAAUAAUAUAACCCCGAAGUACAAAUUUUGCUUGACACCAGGGCAACAACCGAUAUCAAACACACUUUAGUUCCAGACGAGAUGUAAAAAGAUCUUUUCUACAAUGGGGUCAUCAAUAUUCAAGUCCACAGUGGAAGAGGAGAUAAGUCAGGGAAGUAUUGCACAGAAUAAAGCAAAGUUUCAUGAUGAUACUUCACAGUUAAAACGACAUAGAUGCAAUGACAAAAGGAUACUUCCAGACACCGAUGACGAAGGAGAAAUUCAGGACAAUAUGACUAGGGAAACUGGAAAGCUGCAGGUCGCAUCAGGAGGUAACGUUUCAAUGGAAAAUAUAAAUGGAAGGCGAGAAAGCAACAGUGAAGGCGGAAAGAGUCGAUGCUCAACCGUUGCUCCACCAAGUCGAUCUGGCACCGACGAGAAAGACGGAAGUUCGGAAAUCUAUCAAGGGGAUCAAAUCUUUCCGGCAAAGACAUCUAACGAUAAUGACGCAUCUGUGGGGCUGUACGAAAUCACUCCUCCGAUGGAGGUAGCAGAGAACGCAAACGUCCUGAAUGUUGUAGCAGAUGAGACUGGGCAAGGCCCGCUAGAAAAUAUUGCAGUUGCAGGUGAGAUACCAGUGGGUGGGAAUGCCAUUGCAUCAAGACGGGAGACAACAUCUAAUCCCCAAAUAGACAGAACUGACAAGAAAGGAAACACACCGCUAUUCAACGCAGCCUCAAAAGGUAAUCUGAAAGGUGUUGAAAAUCUCCUCUUUCAGGGAGCAAACCCAAACAAACCAAGUAAUCGUGGACGUUUUCCUCUCCAUGAAGCGGCAGAAAAGGGGCAUGGAGACAUCGUUAAUUUGCUCAUCGGUAGAGGAGCUGAGGUACAGGUGGAAUGUGACAUAGGUCGGACCCCAAUCCAUAGAGCAGCAGCCAAUGGCCAUACAUGCAUCAUAGAAAGUCUUAUUGCACAUGGGUCUAAUAUAAACAGCGAAGACCAGACAGGGUGGACACCAUUUAAUGCCGCCGUUCAACAUGGCCAUCUAGAGACUUUGAAAUUCCUACUGAGCAAAGGAGCAAAUCAGAAUGUACAUCACGGUAGGACCCCUCUCUAUGCCGCCGCAGAGUUCGGUCAAUUAGAAAUCCUGCAGUUUCUAAUUUCCAAGGGAGCUAAUAUGAUUGGGGAAAACCCAUCAGGUCGGAUUCCUCUGCACGGUGCUGCUAUCAAUGGUGGCAUGGAAAUCAUCAAAUAUCUCAUUCAAGCAGGAUCUGAUGUAAACAAGGGCACGCCGAAGGGUUGGACGCCACUCGAUGCUGCUAUUAAAUACGGUCAUCUAGAGGCUGUCAAAUAUCUCAUGGGCGAGGGGUCAAAGCUGAAGAGAUAUGAUGGAAUGACCCCGCUUUAUGUUGCAGCUAAAUUCGGUCACUUAGAAAUUGUGAAAUUCUUCAUUUCUGAAGGCGCUGAUGUGAAUGAAGAAAAUGACUCGGGUGAGAUUCCACUGCAUGGGGCGGCAUUUAGCGGUAAGAUGAAAGUCAUUGAAUAUCUUAUUCAAGGAGGAUCUGAUGUGAACAAGGCUGAUGUCAAUGGUCGUACACCGUUCAAUGCCGCCGUCCAAUAUGGACAUUUAGAUGCUGUGAAGUUUCUCAUAGAAAAGGGCGCAAAGAAGAACACAUUUGAUGGCAUUAAUCCUCUCUACGCAGCAGCUCAGUUUGGCCACUUAGACAUAGUAAAGUUCUUCAUUUCCAAAGGUGCAGAUGUAAACAGAGAAAACGAUAAAGGGAUGAUUCCUCUCCAUGGUGCAGCUAGUCGAGGCCACAUAAAGGUCAUCAGGUAUCUUCUUAAACGAGGGUCCGAUGUGCACAAGGGACUUGCCAAAGACUGGGCGCCAAUUCAUGCUGCAAUUGCAUAUGGCCAGCUAGAAGCUGUCGCAAACCUCUUGAACUACGAAGUAGAGCAUGAUAGAUGUCAUAUAAAACACCUGCUUCACACAGGAGCAAAAUUUGGUCACUUGGACCUUGUGAAAUUCCUGAUUUCCAAAGGAGCUGAUAUCAAUGAGAUAGAUGAAGAUGGGAUGAUUCCUCUCCACCAUGCUGCUUAUGGAGGUCACCUAAAAGUCAUGGAAUAUCUCAUUAAGCUAGGGUCUGACCUGGAGGGCUGGACACCGCUCAAUGCUGCCGUUCAGUGUGGUCAUCUAGAAGCUGUGAAGCAUCUCCUUGAAAACGAGGCAACCCAGAAUAAAUACGAUGGAAUGACACCUCUCCAUGCCGCAGCUAAAUUUGGUCACUUGGAUCUUGUGGAUUUCUUCAUUUCAGAAGGAGCUAAUGUGAACGAGGCAGAUGUAGAAGGGAUGACACCUCUCCAAUGUGCAGCUGCCAGAGGUCAUAUAAAAGUGAUUGAAUAUUUCAUCCAACAUGGUUCAGAUAUCAACAAGCGUGACAAAAGAGGACGGAUGCUUCAUGAAGUUGCAAUAGGAAAUGGCCAGUUUAUAGAAGUUGCCAAAUUACUAGAUAAUAGAGCUAAGGACUGUAGCUUUGAAGUAAUGUCUUCACCGAAUGAUCAUACUGAUGAAGGAAAGCUCUCCGUAUCCAGUAGAUGGGGUGUGAAAGAGAGUGUUGCAGAGAUGCAGUCACGCGCAGAGCAGCAAGCCAUUCUCCCAAACAAUAUCGUUAAUGGAAAGGACGACAUUCUGGUUAACACUGAAAAGAAAAGAUGUGAUAAAAUGUCUUCAAAGGUUCUUUUCGAAAAGACCCAUGAUUCUGAGAAGGAUGAGAGUGGAGAGCGUAAUUCUUUCUUGUCUGCUAAGCUAAAAUCUCCUGACCAACGUGAGGAAAGCCCAGUACAACUUUGGCUGGAAUCAGAAAAGAAGGACCGGGCAGAGAAUAGGAACACCAUAACCAACACUACCAAUAAUCUCAUCACGUCUAAAUAUCGCACAUGGAAAUACGGAGCAUCCAAUCCACCCUUUCUUCAUGAAAUGAAGUCAAAUCAUGGUACAGGUCAUCCAUCUGAAGAACCACAAUCUGAACCCUUUCCCUUGACUGACGAGACCAGAGAAACACGAGAGCCUUUGUCGUCCUGGACAUUGAUGAACGCUGGCAGUAAUCUAUCAAUGCGCGGAACUUCAGCGAACUCAAUCAGUAACUUGAAAAACCUACCGGACGUUAACACGAAUCUGGACAACAGAAGCAUCCUCUUACCCAGUGCAUCAGCGAGCACGAUCAAAUGCUGGUAUCCUUCAGUCCUGGCCGCUACACGUUGCUUCCUGACGACGAUCCUAGCUUUAGCCGUCAUUCUGGCUGGGAGUCCGGCCCUCGUAUCAGGAAGCGAGAUUACCCAACGAAUAAUAUUACAAGCAGGUAAACCUGGUGUGGUCUCAUUCCAGAUAUCAAGGACCCCGAACACUACAUCAAAACAUGUUCCUUAUUAUACAAUUAGAUUAAAAUCACAGCAUCGUCCAUUUUGCGUUGAUGGUGAAUAUGAUGUAAUGGGCCUGCAAAGCCCAACCCAGUUAUCACGAUUUUCAACAUCAGUUUCUACUUGUUCAAAUUCAUUCCCUUGUAUAAAUCUUGAAAUAGAUAACGUUAAUGAUAUAGACGAAGGCAUUUACAUAUUUACAGCGGUGGAGUAUGCCAUCGAUAAUGUGUGGCGAGAAAGGCUUGAGAAGGAGGUUUUGGUAGAAAUUCCAAAUGGACCUGCAAAAUGCUUUAUAACAUUAAGUACAAACACGGUUCACCCUUAUGAGGUUCACUGCAGUGCUGAUUCUGGGAGCAUGAAAACCACACUGUCGUGCUACCAAAAUAAUGAAAAGUUGGUCGAAAAGGGUAUUAGUACGGAUAGUGUCCAUGUUACAAGGGGUGUGUUCUUCCUACCACAAAACCGCCUCUUCUCUUGCUGUUCACACAUUAUAACUUCAAAAGUAAGUGCGGUAACAUGUAAGGAUUUCCAGUGGCCACGAGGUGAAAUUUCUACAACGCAAACUACGAAUGACAUUUCGAUGUUAGUGAUUAAAAACAGUACUAAGCCUUCCAAUCAGAGAAGCACUGAAGCCACUCCGAUUGAUCACGUGGAGUCCUCGGAAGGAUCGGGAGCCACCGUUUUCCAUUCUGUUUUGUCUUUAGUGUAUCUUUUGGUAAUCCUGACCAAAAUAAUACAGUGA